AUGGAGAUAAGCCAGCACGGAUGUGGAAAAUGGCCGUUGAGUAAGGCACAUAAAUUUCAGCUAUUCAUUUUGGUAGCCAUGAUUUCCUCCAUCAACAGCCAAAUCCGUUACUCAAUCCCGGAGGAGAUGAAGAAAGGUUCCCCUGUCGGUAAUGUAGCUCAAGAUCUGGGCUUGGAUCUGAAAAGACUUCGUUCUGGUCGGGCCCGUAUCGUGUCCGGAGAAAAUAACCAGUACACAGAGCUGAGGACAGACAAAGGGAUUCUCGUUGUGAAUGAGAGAAUCGACAGAGAGGAGCUCUGUGGAGACGUGACGCCGUGCAGCUUCAGCUUCGAGAUAAUUCUCGAAAAUCCGAUUGAACUGCACAGAGUGACUGUGGAAAUACUAGACGUGAAUGACCACGCGCCAUCAUUCAAAAGCAGUGUAAUAAAUCUAGAAAUAAGUGAAUCUGCAACAAUAGGGUCUAAAUUCGACCUAGAAAGCGCCUAUGACCCUGAUGCGGGGAUCCACGGCUUACAGAGUUAUGUUUUGUCUCCGAAUGAUAAUUUCAUGUUAAAGCAACAAUCCAACGCUGAUGGGAUAAAACUGGCUGUCAUGAUUUUACAGAAGCCAUUAGACAGAGAGUUGAAUCCACAUCUUACCCUGAAGCUGAUUGCAGUUGACGGAGGAACACCACAGCGAUCUGGUACAGUAAAUAUAGCCAUCACUGUCCUUGAUGCUAAUGAUAACCCUCCUGUUUUUAAUCAGUCAUCAUAUACUGCCACUGUGGUAGAAAAUGCACCAGUGGGGACAUAUGUUACCACCGUGAAUGCUUCAGAUGCUGAUAGUGGCUCUAACGGCAUGGUAACAUAUUCUUUUUCGAACCUGUAUGGGAAAUCUCGUGACCUAUUUGAAAUAGACAGUUUAUCUGGAAGAAUAACUGUUGCUGAAAAUAUUGAUUUUGAAAAAGACAAAAAAAUUGAAUUAAGAGUGGUGGCUAAAGAUCAUGGCGGUCUGAAUGAUGCAACCAAAGUCGUGAUCGACGUCACUGACGUAAAUGACAAUUCUCCAGUCAUAAAUGUUAUGUCCUUUUCUAACUUGAUAUCAGAGGAUGUUCCUCAGGGCACGACAAUCGCUGUUUUCAAUGUAAAAGAUGCGGACUCUGAAAGAAAUGGUCAGAUAACGUGCUCAAUUGAUUCUCGUCUUCCCUUUAAAAUCCAGUCAUCAAUGAAAAAUUAUUAUAAUUUGUUGUCAGAUUCUCCUUUUGAUCGUGAAACGACAUCAGAGUACAACAUAACCAUAACUGCAACAGAUUCAGGGACACCCCCGCUUUCUACAAACACAAAUUUAUACCUUAAGAUUUCUGACGUAAACGAUAAUGCUCCACUCUUUACGAAACCAAGCUAUUCUGCCUUCAUCGUCGAAAAUAAUGUUCCUGGAAAUUCAAUAUUUACCAUAAGCGCACGAGACUCAGACUGGCAUCAAAAUGCGAGAAUUUCAUAUUUUCUCGAAGACACACAGGUCGGUGGCAGCCCCGUCUCUACUUAUGUUUCCUUAAACUCUGAAACUGGAGCCCUCCAGGCAGUUCGCUCGUUUGAUUAUGAGCAGAUUAAACAGCUGGAGUUCACUGUCAGAGCUCAGGAUGGAGGCUCCCCUCCACUCAGCAGCAACGUGACAGUGAAACUAAUAAUCCAGGACCAGAACGACAACCCUCCUCAGGUCCUGUACCCGGUCCAGACUGGUGGUUCUCUGGUGGCUGAGAUGGUUCCUCGUGCAGCAGAUGUGGGCUAUCUGGUGACUAAAGUGGUGGCUGUGGAUGUGGACUCUGGACAGAAUGCCUGGCUGUCGUAUAAACUGCAGAAAGCCACAGACAGGGCGCUGUUUGAAGUGGGCUUACAGAAUGGAGAAAUCCGAACUAUCCGCCAAGUGAGUGAUAAAGAUGCUGUGAAACAACGACUGACUGUGAUAGUGGAGGACAACGGGCAGCCGUCUCGUUCAGCUACAGUCAUUGUGAACGUGGCGGUGGCGGACAGCUUCCCUGAAGUGCUGUCAGAGUUCACUGACUUUACACACGACAAGGAGUACAAUGACAACCUGACUUUUUACUUAGUGCUGGCUUUGGCUGUAGUGUCCUUCCUCUUCAUCACGUGUUUGGUGGUCAUUAUAUCCGUGAAAAUCUACAGAUGGAGACAGUCUCGUAUCCUGUAUCACUCCAGUCUUCCAGUGAUUCCCUAUUAUCCUCCACGUUACUCAGACACUCUGGGCACAGGGACUCUUCCACACGUGUACAAUUACGAGGUGUGCAGGACGACUGACUCGAGAAAGAGUGACUGUAAGUUCGGCAGAGCUGGUAGUCAGAACGUGCUGAUAAUGGACCCCAGUUCUACAGGGACCAUGCAGAGGAUACAGAGUGAGAAGAGCAUCCUGGAUGAACCAGACUCUCCACUAGAGGUUAGUUAA